UUUUUUGACGUUGGCGUUGAUGUAACGAAGGUUGUUGCCCCGACAAACUGCGAAACAAUUCUAGUUAGACAAUUUUCCAAUCGGUCUCAACGGAUUAAAAAUUAAGAAACCGCUGAGACUGCUCAACGCCAACAAUUCGUUUUUAAUUCACCGAAAUGCAGUUGUACGAAUUUUGAGGUUAAAUUGCGGUUGGCGGCUUCGCGAAGGGAAGCGACAAGUACUCAAUGGAAGGAGUUAAAGUGAAAGAAGAACCCCUCGAUACUGGUUAUGACAAGGUUGCAGUGGAUAAUGUUGCAGUUAAAAGCGAACCAGUAGCGGGAGAUGACGAUGAGGAUGAUUUAAACUGGGUGAAUGACGAGCUAGACUUCCUGAACGAGAUUGAGUAUGACGAGGUUGAGUCGGGAGCGGCAAAUAAUGAAAAUGAUCAAAGUAAAGAGGACGGAGAAGUUGAAAUACCGCCGGAGUCAGGAGCGGACAAAGGAAACGGUGAAGCAGCUCAAAGUAGUUCAGAGAAUCUCAAGAAUAAUCGCAAAAGGAAACAUUCGGAAUCCACUCUUGAGAAACAGACUUCAAGGGGAACGACAGAGCCACAGGUCAGCGUCGAUCAGAAGGAAAGUCGAACACUUGAAGACGUUCAGGAAAUCUCAAAUACUAGUAAAGUGCCGUCAACACAAAGUGAUAUUCCGGGUGCAAGCACACAGCCCUCACCCGUUCCGCCCAGGCAAGACGAGCAGCCCCAGACAAAGGAGUCAUUCGUUCCUGUAAAAAUCAAGCAAGAGAGAAUCUCCCCUCCCAGGGAGAUUCCGACAAACUGCAAUGAGAUAUCAGAAUCGAAUGACGAAGCAAUUUUCACGCGGCGAGUGAAACAAGAACGAUUGUCGCCUCCUCCAGACAAGGCAGAAGCGAAUGUGCAGCAGAGCAACAAGGACCCAAAACAGCCUCCAUUACCCUCCACGCCGUACACAAAGCCGCCUCCACCUGUGUCGUCAAGUCGUGCUCCAUCCAAAUCCUCAAUCGAAGAUGAUUUGGCAUUCCUUCAAAAACAGCGCGAGAAAGUCCUUGCAGAACUCAAGAAAACUAGUCAGCCCGCCUCGUCUUCCAGUGAGCAGCCGCCAAAGAAGCGAAGAGCGGUUUCAAAUGAAAUCCCGCUGCCGGUUAAAAUCAAAACGGAGCCAGUGGACUCGGCCUAUCCCCAAACAUCAAGCAACCAAUCCAAAAAUGGGAGUGGGUUAGACGCCGACUUCGAGAAUGAAACUCGCGGAACUCCCCUCGUGAAGAAUCCCGUAGCCUUAAAGCUUAUGCCGCAACCCUUGAAAAUCAAGACAGAGCCCGUGGAAGAUUUCGAUUCCUCAAGUCGCAUGUCGGGAUCAUCCCAUUCGAGUGAAGGUAUUCAUAAUUGGGACGACCAACCGCUAUCGCAUCGAGAAAGAGUGGUAAAGUUCGCAAAGGAGACAAUCAAGAAUUUCGACUAUCACGCGAGCAACCCGAAGAUAAGAAGGCGAUUCCUAUACACCCCGACCGCAGCCGUUCUCGAAAACGCAACCCAACUCUCCGAAAAUCGAUCUCCACUCUGCGCCAGCAACAGUAUUCAGUAUGAGUUCAGCUCCCAUGCGCUGCCCAUCAACACAGCCAAAUUUGGCAUCACCAAAUUCAGUGAGCACACGGCAAAAAUCGUGCACUUGCUUGGCUUCAAUGCAUACGAUCUGGUAAGCGCGUUGAAGUCGAAGCCAAUGAAAAGCGAAAAUGAAGACCCUUUGGAGUCCUCCACUUCGGCGGCGUAUUUCGUGAACGCCGAGUGUCAAACGGAACCUCUAAAGUGCAACAAGUGCAUUGUACGUAAACUCAAGAUGUUCGCUGACAAAGCGACGCAAGCUUCCCUGCGAUCAACCGAGGCUCCGUUGAAAUCAAAUUCAAAUCCAAUGUACGAGGGCGUGUCACACUCCAUGCUUCAGACUCUAAACCGACUAGGGUCGGCGCAGCAAACGGCGAUACAAGAGUUCUCCGAGCUAUUAAUGGGUCCCGCACCUGCAUCCAGCCAUGAUGUGAUGCGAAUGCGUGAGCGAUUAAUGGACAUUUUCACUUUAGCGCAGAGUCAAGGCGGCCACAGCGAUCACAGCGCUGCAGAGUCCCAGAAUCCAUCAAAUCUGACGACCCCAGCUGUACUGUUCAAUCAUCCGAAGCCGCCUAUACCCAAAUUGUACCCUCCAAAACCUACCGGACCGCCUAUGCCAUUAUUCCCUUCAUCGGGCCCGGGACCAGGCCAACUGCCCGGCGACUACCAACGGCAGCAUUCUGGUGACUAUCGGCAACAGCAUCCUGAUGACUAUCCGAAGCAUCAUCCUGGUGACUACCAACAACAUUCUGAUUAUUCUCCUCCGAUGGGUCACCCACAACCUGUCCCGGAACCAUAUCAUCAGCGAAAUCAAAUGUUUCCGCCAUCCGGGCCUCAGCCAGUGCCGCCUCCUCAGCAAAUGCAUCCGCAAUAUGGACCACCACAACCUAUGGACGGAUACAAUCAACAUCAAAAUCCAAAUCCCAAUUAUCCAUAUCCACAGCGGGGGCCGCCAUUGGCAGAUCCUCGACAAAACAUGUUUCGACCGCAAAACCCGCACGAUCCCCGGUCAAUGCGUACCAAUGUGAACGUGCAAAUUACUCCACGUCGUUUCUGAAAAGAUUCGCCGAACCCCAGAUAUACACCCUUCAGAUCCUGUUCAAAGGGUUGCAAUAUCUGUACCGCGUCAGUUCAAUCCUAUCCCGUCUCGAAACUAUCGAGCAUUUUUCUGAGAACUGCGCUACUGCUUGGACAAGUUUUGAGGUCAUUCAUUUUCCAUCUCAGCAAGUACUUUCCGUGGUUCUCCGUCUUUGCUUUGAAGUUGAUGUAAUUGUCCAGUGAAAGUUGGACGAUUUUCGGUGUUGUAAAUGUGAUACCAAUAAUGAAAUGAAAGGUCCGAUUAGCUUAGGUUCGAUGCCAGUUACUGGGGAACACUGAACUUGGCGUUUCCACGACAAAAAGAAAAGUUAAGGUCAACGAUUUUAGUUUGUGAAUUUUUCAGUUAAUAGUUAGGUUACGUUAGCCUUUUAUAAUAUUUAGAAUAAAAGAAAAUAAAUGUUUUGGAAAACUUGAUUAAAGAUAGGUUACGUGUAAACCGGAUCAAUCUGAA